AUGGGCCUCGGGGCCUGCGUGUCCUCGGCGGCGUCGGGGGCCCGAGCCCAGGCUGGCCGGCUGGGAGCUGUGCUGGGUGCCUUGUGCCUGCUGCCCGCGCUCAUGAUGCUGGCCCGGCUGGGGGCCCCCUCGGCCCGGCUGGCAGCCAGCGCAGCGCAGGGAGAUCUCGCCGCACCCAAUCCCGCGGGUGUCCUCGCUACCCAGGGACCUGGUCCUCUGCCCCUCCAGGCGCCCCGCAGACGCCGCUACACGCUGACCCCCGCCAGGCUGCGCUGGGACCACUUCAACCUCACCUACAGGAUUCUCUCCUUCCCACGGAACCUGCUGAGCCCCAGCGAGACCCGGCGGGGCCUGGCCACCGCCUUCCGCAUGUGGAGCGACGUGUCCCCCUUCAGCUUCCGAGAGGUGGCCCCCGAGCAGCCCAGUGACCUCCGCAUAGGCUUCUACCCCGUCAACCACACGGACUGCCUGGUCUCUGCCCUGCACCACUGCUUUGACGGCCCGACAGGCGAGCUGGCUCACGCCUUCUUCCCCCCGCACGGGGGCAUCCACUUCGAUGACAGCGAAUACUGGGUCCUGGGCCCCACGCGCUACAGCUGGAAGAAAGGCGUUUGGCUCACUGACCUGGUGCACGUGGCGGCCCACGAGAUCGGCCACGCGCUGGGCCUGAUGCACUCGCAGCACGGCCGGGCUCUCAUGCACCUCAACGCCACGCUGCGUGGCUGGAAGACGCUGUCACAGGACGAGCUGUGGGGGCUGCACCGGCUCUACGGCUGCCUGGACCGACUGUUUGUGUGCACAUCCUGGGCACGGAGGGGGUUCUGUGACACCCGCCGGAGACUUAUGAAGAGGCUCUGUCCCAGCAGCUGUGACUUCUGCUACGAGUUUCCCUUCCCCACGGUGGCUGCCACUGCACCGCCACCCAGGACCAAGACCAGGCUGGUGCCCGAGGGCCGGAACGUGACCUUCCGCUGCGGCCAGAAGAUCCUCCACAAGAAAGGCAAAGUGUACUGGUACAAGGACCAGGAGCCCCUGGAAUUCUCCUACCCUGGCUACCUGGCGCUGGGCGAGGCGCAUCUGAGCAUCAUCGCCAACGCCAUCAACGAGGGCACGUACACGUGCGUGGUGCGCCGGCGGCAGCGGGUGCUCAGCACCUACUCCUGGCGGGUCCGCGUGCGGGGCUGAGCGCCCGCGGGGCCAAGACGGCCGAUAAAGCACUUUCUCUCUCAA